CAUUUCAGACGGCGAUCAUAGUAUAAUGAUGGACGAGAAUGAUGGUCCCGAAUAUUCUCAAGGUUCGAGUACAAACUCGGCAAUGCAAGCCAGUAGUAAAUUUGCCAAAGCAUUUACAGAAGAACAAUCUGGAGAUGGGGACGUUCCUAAUCAAGCUUAUGUCAACAGAGGAUGGCCACCAGAAUCAAAUCAGGCUGAAUCGGAGGGAACAACUGCGACGUGUGAAGGCAAAGAGGAUACACAGCAUGCAGAAGUCUCGGAAGAUUUCCGAAACGCCACCGGGGAUAAUAAACAAACGUUGGAGGAAACAAGUGGAAUCAUCAAUGACAAAGAUAAUGACAUACUGAGAAAGUCAAAGCAUGAAACCCGUAUUGGAUAUAACGCGGAUAUCAAAACUGUGAUGUCCCAAACUCAAUUGCAUGACUCUGUCGUUGAAAAUGACGGAUCUUCAGCAGCACACACAUAUACAGAUACCUUUAAAGAAAGAAAAGAAAUCUUAGAGUGUCUGCGAUUUGGAGAAAUGCCAACAGAUGAAACCGAUAAUACAACACAGCCCAGUUCACAAGAUACAAGCUGUUUUGGACAAACCACAAAUGAUGAAACAGAUUUAACAAGUGAACAGAUGAAUGGGCUCUCCUUGCGCUUAAACAAAGAAACUCUGUACAGUGAUGAAGACGAUGUUUCAUUUAAACAAGACAGCGUAGAGGAUAUAAAAACAGCAAUCAAUGAAGCAUUUGAAACAACGGAGAACAAUGAAAGAGCGGUGUCAACCAUAUCAGAAAAUGAUCAACAUGAUACUGACGAUGAGACACCCACAGAAAGUACAAAUAAAAGUAAUAGUUCACGACAUUCGGAGUUUGAUAAAACCAAUGAAUGUGAAAGCGAUUGCCCAUCACAAGAUGGUUCAAAAUAUGACAAACCUGUAGCGCAGACCCCGUCUGAAUUUGGUAAAAACGGUCCAUAUCAAACCGAUACUAAUGAACAGAAUAUUGAAAUGGUUUUGGACGAGCAUCGUAGAAUAAUGAUGGACGAGAGUGAUAGACCCGAAUAUUCUCAAGCUGUAAGUACAAAUUCGGAUUGGCCAGCCGGUAGUAAAACUUCAAAUGCAUUUUCAGAAGAACAAUGUGGAGAUGGGGAAGUUCCUUAUCAAGCUACUAUCAACAGGGCAAAACCACCAGAAAUAAUGCAGGCUGAAUCGGAAGGAACAACUGCGGCAUGUGUAGGCAUAGAGGAUACACAACAAGCAGACGUCUCAGAAGAGUUUCGAGACGCCACCGCCGAAAACAAACAAACAUUGGAGGAAAAAAGUGGGACCUUCAAUGCAUUUUCAGGAGAACAAUCUGAAGAUGGGGACGUUCCUAAUCAAGCUUAUGUAAACAGAGGAAGGCUACCAGGGUCAAUGCAGGCUGAAUUGGAAGGAACAACUGCGACGUGUGAAGGCAUAGAUGAUACACAACAAGCAGACGUCUCAGAAGAGCUCCGAAUAGCCACCGAUGAAAACAAACAAACAUUGGAGGAAACAAGUGAGAUCUUCAAUGCAAUUUCAGAAGAUCAAUCUGGAGAUGGGGAAGUUCCUAAUCAAGCUUAUGUCAACAAAAGAAAGCUACCAGAAUCAAUGCAGGCUGAAUCGAAAGGAACAAAUGCGACGUGUGAAGGCAUAGAUGAUACACAACAUGCAGAAGUCUCGGAAGAUUUCCGAAACGCCACCGGGGAAAACAAACACACUUUGGAGGAAACAAGUGGAAACAAAGACAAAGAUGCUGACAUGUUGAACAAUUCAGCGCAUGACACUUGUAUUGAAUAUAAAACGGAUGACAAACUUGUGAUGUCCCCAACAAAGUCGUAUGGCUCUGUCGUUGAAAAUGACGUAUCUUCAUCAGGACACAAAUAUACAGAUAACUUUGAAGAAAAAAUAGAAAGGUUAGAAUGUCAGAGAUUUGUAAAAAGAACAAAAGAUGAAACCGAUUUUACAUCAGAGUCCAGUUCACAAGAUACGAAAUAUUUUGGACAAACCGCAAAUGAUGGAACAGAUUUAACCGGUGAACAGGUGAAUGCGCAUUCCUUGCGCUUGAACCAAGACACUCCGUACAGUGAUGACGACGAUGUUUCUUUCAAGCAAGACAUCGUAGAGGAUAUACAAACAGCAAUCAUUGAAGCAUUUGAAACAGCGGAGAACAAUGAAGGAGUGUUGUCACCCCUAUCAGAAAACGAUCAACAUGAUGCUGACGAUGAGUCACUCACAGAAAGUACAAAUAAAAGUACAAGUUCACGACAUUCGGAGUUUGAUAAAACCAAUGAAUGUGAAAGCGAUUGCCCAUCACAAGAUGGUUCAAAAUAUGACAAACCUGUAGCGCAGACCCCGUCUGAAUUUGGUACAAACGGUCCAUAUCAAACCGAUACUAAUGAACAGAAUAUUGAAAUGGUUUUGGACGAGCAUCGUAGAAUAAUGAUGGACGAGAGUGAUAGACCCGAAUAUUCUCAAGCUGUAAGUACAAAUUCGGAUUGGCCAGCCGGUAGUAAAACUUCAAAUGCAUUUUCAGAAGAACAAUGUAGAGAUGGGGAAGUUCCUUAUCAAGCUACUAUCAACAGGGCAAAACCACCAGAAAUAAUGCAGGCUGAAUCGGAAGGAACAACUGCGGCAUGUGUAGGCAUAGAGGAUACACAACAAGCAGACGUCUCAGAAGAGUUCCGAGACGCCACCGAUGAAAACAAACAAACAUUGGAGGAAACAAGUGAGAUCUUCAAUGCAAUUUCAGAAGAUCAAUCUGGAGAUGGGGACGUUCCUAAUCAAGCUUAUGUCAAUAGAAGAAAGCUACCAGAAUCAAUGCAGGCUGAAUCGAAAGGAACAAAUGCGACGUGUGAAGGCAUAGAUAAUACACAACAUGCAGAAGUCUCGGAAGAUUUCCGAAACGCCACCGGGGAAAACAAACACACUUUGGAGGAAACAAGUGGAAACAAAGACAAAGAUGCUGACAUGUUGAACAAUUCAGCGCAUGACACUUGUAUUGAAUAUAAAACGGAUGACAAACUUGUGAUGUCCCCAACAAAGUCGUAUGGCUCUGUCGUUGAAAAUGACGGAUCUUCAUCAGCACACACAUAUACAGAUUACUUUGAAGAAAAAAUAGAAAGCUUAGAAUGUCAGAGAUUUGGAAAAAGAACAAAAGAUGAAACCGAUUUUACAUCAGAGCCCAGUUCACAAGAUACGAAAUAUUUUGGACAAACCGCAAAUGAUGGAACAGAUUUAACCGGUGAACAGGUGAAUGCGCAUUCCUUGCGCUUGAACCAAGACACUCCGUACAGUGAUGACGACGAUGUUUCUUUCAAGCAAGACAUCGUAGAGGAUAUACAAACAGCAAAAAGAAAAAAAGAAAGCUUAGAGUGUCAGCGAUUUGGAGAAAGUCCAACAGAUGAAACCGAUUAUACAACACAGCCCAGUUCACAAGAUACAAAAUGUUCUGGACAAACCACACUUUCCUUGAACUUCAACCAAGACACUCCGUACAGUGAUGAUGACGAUGUUUCUUUCAAGGAAGACAGCGUAGAAUAUAUACUAGCAGCAAUCAAUGAAGAAUUUGAAACAGCGGAGAACAAUGAAAGAGCGGUGUCAACCAUAUCAGAAAAUGAUCAACAUGAUACUGACGAAAAGUCACCUACAGAAAGUACAAAUAAAAGUACAAGUCCACGACAUUUGGAGUUUGAUAAAACCAAUGAAUGUGAAAGCGAUUGCCCAUCACCAGAUGGUUCAAAACAUGACUUACCUAUAACGCAAACCCCGACUGAAGUCGAUAAAAACAGUCCAAAUGAAACGGAUAAAACUGAAAUGGAUGUUGAAAAGAGUUUCGACGAGCAUCGUAAAAUAAUGAUGGACGAGAGUGAUGGUCCCGAAUAUUCUCAAGCUUCGAGUACAAAUUCGGAUUGGCCAGCCGGUAGUAAAACUUCCAAUGCAUUUUCAAAAGAACAAUGUGGAGAUGGGGAAGUUCAUAAUCAAGCUUAUGUCAACGGAGGAGAGCUACCAGAAUCAAUGCAGGCUGAAUCGGAGGUAACAACUGCGACGUGUGAAGGCAUAGAGGAUACACAACAUGCAGACGUCUCGGAAGAUUUCCGAGACGCCACCGGGGAAAACAACCAAACGAUGGAGGAAACAAGUGGAAACAUCAAUGACAAAGAUAAUGACAUACUGAGAAAGUCAAAGCAUGAAACUCGUAUUGGAUAUAAAGCGGAUAUCACAACUGUGAUGUCCCAAACUCAAUUGCAUGACUCUUUCGUUGAAAAUGACGGAUCUUCAACAGCACACACAUAUACAGAUACCUUUAAAGAAAGAAAAGAAAGCUUAGAGUGUCAGCGAUUUGGAGAAAGUCCAACAGAUGAAACCGAUUAUACAACACAGCCCAGUUCACAAGAUACAAAAUGUUCUGGACAAACCACACUUUCCUUGAACUUCAACCAAGACACUCCGUACAGUGAUGAUGACGAUGUUUCUUUCAAGGAAGACAGCGUAGAAUAUAUACUAGCAGCAAUCAAUGAAGCAUUUGAAACAGCGGAGAACAAUGAAAGAGCGGUGUCAACCAUAUCAGAAAAUGAUCAACAUGAUACUGACGAAAAGUCACCUACAGAAAGUACAAAUAAAAGUACAAGUCCACGACAUUUGGAGUUUGAUAAAACCAAUGAAUGUGAAAGCGAUUGCCCAUCACCAGAUGGUUCAAAACAUGACUUACCUAUAACGCAAACCCCGACUGAAGUCGAUAAAAACAGUCCAAAUGAAACGGAUAAAACUGAAAUGGAUGUUGAAAAGAGUUUCGACGAGCAUCGUAAAAUAAUGAUGGACGAGAGUGAUGGUCCCGAAUAUUCUCAAGCUUCGAGUACAAAUUCGGAUUGGCCAGCCGGUAGUAAAACUUCCAAUGCAUUUUCAAAAGAACAAUGUGGAGAUGGGGAAGUUCAUAAUCAAGCUUAUGUCAACGGAGGAGAGCUACCAGAAUCAAUGCAGGCUGAAUUGGAGGUAACAACUGCGACGUGUGAAGGCAUAGAGGAUACACAACAUGCAGACGUCUCGGAAGAUUUCCGAGACGCCACCGGGGAAAACAACCAAACGAUGGAGGAAACAAGUGGAAACAUCAAUGACAAAGAUAAUGACAUACUGAGAAAGUCAAAGCAUGAAACUCGUAUUGGAUAUAAAGCGGAUAUCACAACUGUGAUGUCCCAAACUCAAUUGCAUGACUCUUUCGUUGAAAAUGACGGAUCUUCAACAGCACACAAAUAUACAGAUACCUUUAAAGAAAGAAAAGAAAGCUUAGAGUGUCAGCGAUUUGGAGAAAGUCCAACAGAUGAAACCGAUUAUACAACACAGCCCAGUUCACAAGAUACAAAAUGUUCUGGACAAACCACAAUUUCCUUGAACUUCAACCAAGACACUCCGUACAGUGAUGAUGACGAUGUUUCUUUCAAGGAAGACAGCGUAGAAGAUAUACAAACAACAAUCAAUGAAGCAUUUGAAACAGCGGAGAACAGUGAAAGAGCGGUGUCAACCAUAUCAGCAAAUGAUCAACAUGAUACUGACGAAAAGUCACCUACAGAAAGUACAAAUAAAAGUACAAGUCCACGACAUUUGGAGUUUGAUAAAACCAAUGAAUGUGAAAGCGAUUGCCCAUCACCAGAUGGUUCAAAACAUGACUUACCUAUAGCGCAAACCCCGACUGAAGUCGAUAAAAACAGUCCAAAUGAAACGGAUAAAACUGAAAUGGAUGUUGAAAAGAGUUUCGACGAGCAUCGUAAAAUAAUGAUGGACGAGAGUGAUGGUCCCGAAUAUUCUCAAGCUUCGAGUACAAAUUCGGAUUGGCCAGCCGGUAGUAAAACUUCCAAUGCAUUUUCAAAAGAACAAUGUGGAGAUGGGGAAGUUCAUAAUCAAGCUUAUGUCAACGGAGGAGAGCUACCAGAAUCAAUGCAGGCUGAAUCGGAGGUAACAACUGCGACGUGUGAAGGCAUAGAGGAUACACAACAUGCAGACGUCUCGGAAGAUUUCCGAGACGCCACCGGGGAAAACAACCAAACGAUGGAGGAAACAAGUGGAAACAUCAAUGACAAAGAUGGUGACAUACUGAGAAAGUCAAAGCAUGAAACUCGUAUUGGAUAUAAAGCGGAUAUCACAACUGUGAUGUCCCAAACUCAAUUGCAUGACUCUUUCGUUGAAAAUGACGGAUCUUCAACAGCACACACAUAUACAGAUACCUUUAAAGAAAGAAAAGAAAGCUUAGAGUGUCAGCGAUUUGGAGAAAGUCCAACAGAUGAAACCGAUUAUACAACACAGCCCAGUUCACAAGAUACAAAAUGUUCUGGACAAACCACAAUUUCUUUGAACUUCAACCAAGACACUCCGUACAGUGAUGAUGACGAUGUUUCUUUCAAGGAAGACAGCGUAGAAGAUAUACAAACAGCAAUCAAUGAAGCAUUUGAAACAGCGGAGAACAGUGAAAGAGCGGUGUCAACCAUAUCAGCAAAUGAUCAACAUGAUACUGACGAAAAGUCACCUACAGAAAGUACAAAUAAAAGUACAAGUCCACGACAUUUGGAGUUUGAUAAAACCAAUGAAUGUGAAAGCGAUUGCCCAUCACCAGAUGGUUCAAAACAUGACUUACCUAUAGCGCAAACCCCGACUGAAGUCGAUAAAAACAGUCCAAAUGAAACGGAUAAAACUGAAAUGGAUGUUGAAAAGAGUUUCGGUUUCCAUCACACUUGCAUUUCAGACGAGCAUCGUAAAAUAAUGAUGGACGAGAGUGAUGGUCCCGAAUAUUCUCAAGCUUCGAGUACAAAUUCGGAUUGGCCAGCCGGUAGUAAAACUUCCAAUGCAUUUUCAAAAGAACAAUGUGGAGAUGGGGAAGUUCAUAAUCAAGCUUAUGUCAACGGAGGAGAGCUACCAGAAUCAAUGCAGGCUGAAUCGGAGGUAACAACUGCGACGUGUGAAGGCAUAGAGGAUACACAACAUGCAGACGUCUCGGAAGAUUUCCGAGACGCCACCGGGGAAAACAACCAAACGAUGGAGGAAACAAGUGGAAACAUCAAUGACAAAGAUGGUGACAUACUGAGAAAGUCAAAGCAUGAAACUCGUAUUGGAUAUAAAGCGGAUAUCACAACUGUGAUGUCCCAAACUCAAUUGCAUGACUCUUUCGUUGAAAAUGACGGAUCUUCAACAGCACACACAUAUACAGAUACCUUUAAAGAAAGAAAAGAAAGCUUAGAGUGUCAGCGAUUUGGAGAAAGUCCAACAGAUGAAACCGAUUAUACAACACAGCCCAGUUCACAAGAUACAAAAUGUUCUGGACAAACCACAAUUUCUUUGAACUUCAACCAAGACACUCCGUACAGUGAUGAUGACGAUGUUUCUUUCAAGGAAGACAGCGUAGAAGAUAUACAAACAGCAAUCAAUGAAGCAUUUGAAACAGCGGAGAACAGUGAAAGAGCGGUGUCAACCAUAUCAGCAAAUGAUCAACAUGAUACUGACGAAAAGUCACCUACAGAAAGUACAAAUAAAAGUACAAGUCCACGACAUUUGGAGUUUGAUAAAACCAAUGAAUGUGAAAGCGAUUGCCCAUCACCAGAUGGUUCAAAACAUGACUUACCUAUAGCGCAAACCCCGACUGAAGUCGAUAAAAACAGUCCAAAUGAAACGGAUAAAACUGAAAUGGAUGUUGAAAAGAGUUUCGAUGACAAGCGUAAUAUAACAAUGUACGAAAAUGAUGGUUCCCAAUAUUCUCAAGCUUCGAGUACAAUUUCGGAAUGGCAAGCCGAUAAUAAAAUUGUCAAUGCAUUUUCAGAAGAAGUAGCAAGAGAUGGGGGCAUUCUUAAUGACGCUUAUGUCAACAGUGGAAAGCUGCCAGAAACAAUGCAUACUGAAUCGGAAAGAACAAAUGCGACGUAUGUAGGCAUAGAGGAUACACAACAAGAAGACGUCUCAAAAGAUUUCCGCCACGCCACCGGUGAAAACACACAACAGUUGGAUGAAACAACUGGAAUUAUCAAUGACACAAAUGCUGACAUAUUGGGCAAUUCAGAGGAGCAUAAAACUCGUAUUGAAUAUAAAGCGGAUAGCAAAUCUAUGAUGUCCCAAACUCAGUCGCAUGAUUCUGUCGUUGAUUUUGAGGGAUCUUCAUCAGCACACAUUUAUAUAAAAAAAAUGGAGGGAAAAUUUGAAAGCUCAGAAUGUCAGAUAUUUGGAGAAAGUCCAAUAGAUGAAACUGAUUAUACAACACAGCCCGGUGCACAAGAUACGAAAACUUUUGGACAUACCACAAAUGAUGGAACAGAUGAAACAUGUGAACCGGUGAAUGCGCUCUCCUUGCACUUUAACCAAAAAAGUCCGAACGGGGAUGAUAAAUAUGUUUUACCAUCACAAGUCAGCAAAGAGAAUAUAAGAACAGCAAGCCAUGAAGCAUUUGAAACAACGGAGAACAACAAAGGAGCAGUGUCACACAUAUCAGAAAUUGAUCCACAUGAUACUGACGAUGAGUCGGCCUUAGAAAGCACAUUUAAGAGUACAAGUUCUAGGGCUUUAAAGUUUUAUACAAAAAACGAAGAUGAACGAAAUUGCCCAUCAAGUGAAGUUUCGAUAGAUAACGAACCUACAACACAGACCCCGACUGAAUAUAAUACAUACAGUUCAAACCAAACGGAUACAAAUGGGCAGGAUAUUGAAAAUGUUUUCGACGUUAUAAAGAUAGCACAAGAGAGAGCAGAGGUAUCUGUUGAUGAAUUUAACAGAGAAGUAGCUUCGUUAAAGCGAAUAGUUGACGAAUAUUCCGGGAACCUGAAGGAACUAAACGAGCUAAGAAAUGAAGUGCAUAUUUUACGACAAAAAAAUGAGACUCUUGACGAAACUAAAACAAAACUGAAAGAGGAACUCAAAGAAACUACUGCUACAAAUGCGAUGCUUCAAAAUGAAAUUCAAAGACUUGAAGGGUUUGAACGCUUUGCCAAGGAAAAAGCAGAUGAUGCUGAAAAGUUAGCUCAAGAGUUGGAAUCAGUUCGAGGUCAGUUUCAGAAACAACAAGGAAGUCUAUGUGAGUGCCUUUUUUUAAUUCAAAGCAGAGAAGAAGAACUGCAAAACAACCAGGCUAUUACUAACACAUUGAGAGAGAAACUCGAAGAAACUACUGCUACAAAUGCGAUGCUUCAAGAUAAAGUUCAAAGACUUAAAGGGUUUGAACUUUUCGCCAAGGAAAAAGCAGAUAAUACUGAAAAAUUAGCUCAAGAGUUGGAAUCAGUUCGAGGUCAGUUGCAGAAUCAACAAGGAAGCCUAUGUGAGGGCCUUUUUCUUAUUCAAAGCAAAGACCAAGAACUGCAAAACAACCAGGCUAUUAUUAACACAUUGAGAGAGGAAGUGUUCUACCAUAUAAAUGAUAAACGAGAUACUCUUAAACAUACAUUGGAUCUGACAAAACUUCAAGCCGGCACAAUAGAGGGUCUCCAAGCCAGCGUACAGGAAAAGAAUGAAACCAUGAAACAGCUCAAAUAUUCCUAUGAACGUUUGCAAGAUGAGCUUGCCAUUGCAAGAGCUGAAAAUAGACGUCUUAACAAGGAAUAUGUUAAGUUACAAGCAUUUCCUAAAGACAACGAAAAUGAGGCUGAACAAUUGGAAUUACAACUGGGAACAGUAAGAGCGGAGCUUGAACGGCAAGCAAGCGAACUAACAGAGACGCAAGCACGUUUGAGUUAUACCACAGAACAGUGCACUAGUCAAGACCUUCUCAUCCGGGACUUGAGGCAGCGUGUUUUACCAGCGAAGGAUGAAACAAUUCGACAGCUGGACUAUCUACAUAGAUCAGCUAAUGAAGAGCUGCAUGCAAUCAAGUGUGGAGUCACUCUUAUGGAGACAAUGAGGACACUGCCUGGUUCAAGUCUGCAUAGCGCGCUCACGCAACUCAAACACUUUUAUGAUUACAGUUACCGGAAUCAGCCGGAUAUUUCUGACACUGUGCGGUCUGUGUUGGAUCUGAAGGUUCAGGCUGUGGUUUCCAUCGGGGAACAUGCGUGUAUUGGAGAUAAUAUAUCCCACGCCAUAAACGCCUAUUUGGAAGUUUUAAAUGAAAACGCCACGCAACACAAGGAACACAAAAAGCAAGCUGCUGAAAUCAAGAAGCUAAAGACUCAGCUUUGGUACAGACGUUCAUCCAUGCUUAAUUUAGGCAAUCUAGAACACCAGCCGAGGAUGGUACGUACUUUAAAGAGAUACACUUAAAGAAAAAAAGAAAAAGAAACAAUGGCAAAAACGCAGGACAGCAUCAUGUUAUCGUUUAGUUUCCAAAAACUUAUAUUGGAGACUCUAGAGAUGUGGUAAAAAACGGAACUAUAAGUAGAAAUUUUAGAAGAUAGCGGACUUGUUAAUAACAUAAAUAUUAGUCAGCAUUCAGUCGAUCAAAUAAAAAUCUAUCCGUAUGAUACAACAUUACAGUGCAUAAGUUUUGGCCAGAUUUGGCCUGACAUUUUAUAACAUUCUUGCUUGAUUGAGGUUCUCUAGAAAUCUCUGCAAGGAGUUAGUAUUUUUGUUUAAAAUGACAUCUCUGAAU